AAUCAUGCACAAAUUAUAAAAAAAGAAAAAAUUUGCUAAUGACAAGAAUGAUAAUUACACCUUUUUGAUAAUAUUUGUUAAUAAAAGUUAAUUAUGCAGAGUACGUGGAUCGUGAAUGCGAUUUCGAGAUCUUAAGGAAUUCAAUAUAUUGAUAAACUGCUUUUAUCAGUAGAUUACAAAAAUCAAUCUAUCAUGUGUGUUUGUAAAUGGGUGGAAACAUAUUUCAAAAAUAAUUAUUUAUCUGUUUUUGUGAUAUCAGAAUACAUCUGUUGUAAAAUUAAAUUUCGGUGUUUGUAACAACACCCCUUUUAUAAAGAAAAUUGAGUGCUUUAACAAAAAAUGAGGAAACAAUUUAAUAAAGUUCGUCAGUUCGCUGAUCAAACUUUUUCGAGGACUGGAAAGUCGGAUGUGCUAAAUGAUGAUUUAAAAACAGCAGAUCAACGAGCAGAACAUAUUUUAGGAGCAGUGGGCAAUGUUGGUAAACGCAUCGGGAGUGGUUACACUCUGGUUGCUCUUGAUGCCUCAGCUAUAUCAAAACAAAACAAAAAGUGCCAGUAUUAUCAAAUAGGAAAUGCCAUGCUAGAAGCUAGCAGAGAUGCAGAGAGUUUACUUAGCAAAGUGCUCAAAGAUUGUGGUGAAAUUCAAAUGGAGCUCUCACAAAAAACAAGAGAACACAAUAGCGAAGUUGAUUUAUAUGUUUCACAACCUUUAAAAGAAGUCAUGAAUAAUGAAAUUCAACAAUUGAAAAAGCAAUUAACAAAAUUGGUGCAGGAAAGGGAUACAGCAAAUAAUAAACUUCAGGCAGCAAGACGGCAUAAUGACAACACAAAUCGUAUCACGCAACUUCAAGAUGAUUUGGAAGAACUUGAUAUGAGAGUUAAUGAAAAUCGCGAAAAGCUUGCUCAUGAAAUGUUCACACUUCUUACAAAAGAAACUGAGCUAGCCACAAAUAUUCUGCAAUAUAUUAAAUUACAAAGAGCUUAUCAUGAUGCUGCUAAACAAGCCUUAGAACAAAUUAUUCCUGAUAUUGAGCAGUUCAUAAAUGAUUAUGAAAGCAAACCAAUGUAUGGAUAUCCAUUAGGAGAACAUUUAAGAUUGACUGAUCGUAAAAUAGCAUUACCUAUAGAAUUAUGUGCUUGUGCUUUAAUAGAGCUAGGAAUUUGUGAAGAAGGCCUUUUUAGAAUAACCGCAGCUAAGUCAAAAGUAGAAAGAAUGUGUCUAUCACUAGACACAGGUUGUUUUACUUAUCCUCUUUCGGGUGAAUACUGUGAUCCACAUAUUUUGGCAGGAGCCUUAAAAAGAUACCUUAGCAAGCUUCCGGAUCCAUUGUUGACAUUUUCACUAUACCAGGAUUUUAUUGAUGCAAGUUCAAUUACUCAAGAUGAAGCAAGACUUGCAGCUAUAAAAAAAAUUGUUGACAAAUUGCCCGAGCAAAAUUAUGAAAAUUUACGUUAUCUUAUCAAAUUUUUAGCAGAACUGGCAAGAAAUGAAAAUCAUAAUAAAAUGAGUGUUCAGAAUAUUGCCAUAGUUUUUGCACCAAACUUGCUUAAAAGUAAUGAAGAUGAUGAAUUGCUGAAUGUGAUGAGUAGUGCAGCGGCCAGAACCAGUGUUAUUGAAACAUUGCUGAGGCAUGUUGAUUAUUUCUUUCCAGGUGAUGUGAAUUUUUAUAUAACUUAUACCCGGGAAAAAUUAUUUAAGGACUGUGAAUAUGGUUUUUCUCCUCGCUAUAAUGAUCAUAGAUUUUUAGAUAAUGAAAUGGAUAGCAUGUCUAAGAGUACAAUAGAUUAUUCAACCACCACCAAGAUAUCACAUUCAAGAAGUAACAGCCAUGAUACAAGUUUAAUAAUUACUGAUAAUAUACAUAUCACAAAUGAUAUGAAAAGGGCUCAAUCCAAUAGCUCACUGUCUGACCAAUCUAGUCCUCCACAAGGUAGUCCCAAACCUAUAGCUCGAAGAAAGAAUAAAUCUGUAGCUCCAUGCCCUCCAAAAUCUGUAGAUACUUCUGUAGAAAACAAACCUCCUAAACCAUUAAUUCAAUCUAAACCUCAGAUCAUUCAUCAGAAGCCAAAUGAAGGAAUAGAAGAAAUUAGGGAACAACGGAAAAGUAUGGAUACAGACCAAAAAUUAUCAGCUUACAUGCUUGCAGAUUCUAUGGAAACGAUGAACGUACAGAAGGCAACUGUUGAUAAAAUUACAAUAACAUCCGAUAAUUUGCAGCAUAAAAGUAAUGUCCACUGCACUAAUUCUGUAAACGGUUUGCAGGCCAAACCGAAGGGAGUGCCAGUAGCAGCCCCUAGGACAACUAUUACAGAAAAGUUGACGACUGCUGAUGACAAUAUGGCAAAUGUACAAUUGAGAAGAAAGCCAAAGGAUGAUAAUUGUUCCACUGACAGAGGUAGUAAACCAGCAGUGCCAGAGAGACCUUCCACCCUCAGACCUCAAAGUUUUCGUUCUGUGAAUAGAAAUGAUGAUUUUAGUAAUGCCACUUGUAGAAUAACUACUUUAGAAAGAAUUCAUACGUAUAACGUGGACAAGCAGCAAGUCUCAUUGAUUCAAGUGGAUAAAGAUGGUAGUUCUUUACAAAGAACUCAAAGCAUAGGCAACACUACAAGACCUAAAUGCGUAGUACGAACAGACAAUGAAGUUCAGAAGACUUUGGGUCAUGUUAGACAAUUAUCACAAUCAGAAGGAAAUAUACUAGAAGCCCCUCAAGAAGCUUUAGUUAUUCCUCCUUCACCAAGAGCUUUACAAAGGCCUCCAAGACCUCAGAUACCAGCCCCACCCCCUCCAUUUGGCCACAAAUCUAAAGUUGAACACAAUGAAAGCACAGAUUUAUAAAAUUCGAUUACAUGAUUUGUGUGCAUAUCUUAAGAAUGUGACUUGAAAUAUUAAUUUGCAUAGCUAAAAUUUAUGAAAUGAUUCAUUGUGUGGCAUUUUUAAAGGAUAUUGAUGCUCACAUGAAUGUUGUUGAUGGCCAUAUUUUAAUUAGUGCAUUUAGUAGUAUCUGUUUCUAUAAAUGCUCAGCCAUUGCCUUUAAUUUAUAUAUAUUGGGCUAUAUAUAUAUAUAUAUUUUCUUUGAGUGGAAUGAAUUUGAAUUCAAUUAAUUUAAAUGUCAUAAAUUAGUUACAUAAAUAUUUCUGGACAAUAUUUUGUAUUUAUUAUUUCAUGUACUAUCUUACGUACAAAGU